UUUUGAGAGGAAAAAAACAAUAGAAAAAAUGAUGAGUUGUUGGUUUUCAUCAAUUGUGGUUUGGUUUAUUUUAGUUAUUAUUAUUAUAACAACAACUUGUAAUAAUUUGGUGGAAAGCAAAUGUGCAUUUGAAGCAAUUUUUAAUUUUGGAGAUUCAAAUAGUGAUACUGGUGGAUUUAAUGCUGCAUUUCCAUCUCAAGGGCCUCCUUAUGGAAUGACUUAUUUUAAAAGACCAACUGGAAGGGCAAGUGAUGGAAGAGUCAUUGUGGAUUUUCUUGCUCAAGGAUUAGGUUUGCCAUAUUUGAGUCCAUAUUUGCAAUCAAUUGGAUCUGAUUUCAGACAUGGUGCCAACUUUGCAACAUCAGCAUCCACAGUGCUCAUGCCACAAACAUCAUUAUUUGUGUCCGGUGUUAGCCCUUUUUAUCUAGGAAUUCAACUCCAACAGUUCAAGCUAUUUAAGACUAAAAUUGAUGAGUUUCAGAGUAAAGGUAACACUAAUCUGCCUCCCUCAGACAUAUUUGGGAAAUCUCUUUACACAUUCUAUAUAGGUCAGAAUGACUUCACUGGUGAGUUGGGAAGUAAAGGAAUAGGUGGAGUGAAGGAGUACUUACCUCAAGUAGUUUCCCAAAUUGCUAGCACUAUCAAGGAAAUCUAUGGACUAGGGGGAAGAACAUUUUUGGUACUAAACCUUGCACCAAUUGGAUGUUACCCAGCAUUUUUGGUGAAGCUCCCUCAUGAAAGUUCUGAUAUUGAUGAGUGUGGAUGCUUGAUAUCAUACAAUAAUGCAGUUGUGGACUAUAACAAUAUGCUCAAAGAUGCAUUGGCACAAACAAGAAAAGAUCUUUCAGAUGCAAAUGUUAUUUAUGUGGACACUCAUGCUGUUCUCCUGGAACUUUUCCAACACCCCACUUCUCAUGGGUUAAAAUAUGGAAACAAAGCAUGUUGUGGACAAGGAGGUGGUUCUUACAACUUUAACCAAGAAGUAUACUGUGGAAAUACAAAAGAGAUAAAUGGACAAACAUUGUCAGCUACAGCCUGUGAGGAUCCAUACAAUUAUGUGAGCUGGGAUGGGAUACAUGCCACUGAAGCAGCAAACAAAAUCACAGCAAAUGUCAUUCUCAAUGAUGGUUCUAUUUUUGAUCCUCCAUUUUCACUACAUAAAUUCUGUGAUAUUCAGCCUGUAGGUUGAUACAUGAUCCACAAGAUGUUAUAACUAGUAACUAGGAGAAACGAAUAAAUAAAGGUCAUGUGUUCAAUAAAAUUGACGUUGAUAAAUGGAUGCAUUAGGUUGCAUGUGUAAGAAACUAUCUUCUCAAUGGUUAACUUAUGUUUGAUUGCAAAGGCAACCAGAAAGGCACACUGAGCUGCUGUCUCUGGUUAAAAGGGCACCAGAGAAACAGGGACUGAACAAACCAAACACACUAUACAUACCUUCAAUGGUUCACGUGCGUUUGGUUUACAUAGUCUUCAAGUUAUUACCCAACCUUUCAACAAAUUGUCUUCAAGUUAUUACCCAACCUUUCAACAAAUUCUCUUGCUGCACUACAUUCUCAAUGUAAUCUUUUCCAGUCACAAAGAGUAACAACUGCAAAAUAUUUCAGUAGAUGAUGGACAUCUGAAUUUAAUUCUUCAGACUCUGCAGCCUAAUAAUUACAAGAAAACGGGAUAGCCCUUGUGGGAGUGAAUAGUUGCCUCUCCCAAAUGAUAAAACACAAUCCCAGAAGAUUUUAAA